AUUAUAAAAUAGUCGUCGCGCUGAAAUUUGAAUCAUUGUGAGCCCUCUCCUUGUGUUCAUCUUCUCGAAGGAACUUUGUAGGUUCUUGACGCAUAUAAUUUUUAUGGCCACACAGUUCGUAUCGGGGUCACCCCAGACCUUCCUCUUACCCGAUUUCCUCACCACCUGCCCAUAUCCCCUACGGUUGAACCCCUACCUUGAUGACAUACUGCAUGACUCAGACAAGUGGCUUGUAGAAGUCUGCGGCUUUUCCGAGGACAGUCUGGAGAGGUCCAAGGCUGCGAAGUCUGCACUACUCAGUGCAACCUACUACCCAGACGCAGAUGCCCCCCGGUUGCGCGUAUGUGCUGACUGGCUCGCAUUGCUUUUCAACGUGGACGACUGGUUCGAUGAGUACGACUUGGGAGAUGCACGAGCAUUGUGGCAAACCUGCUUGGAUGUCUUUCGUGACCCGAACCUUCGGACCGAAAAGCGCAGUGUCCUGAUGGUUAAGUCAUUUUUCGACCGCUUCCGCCAGACUGCUGGUCCUGGUUGUACUGAGCGGUUUAUCCAUGGAUUCUAUUUGUUUUUCGCUGCGUCUGAAAGAGAGGUUGAACGCCGCUCCAAGGGCUAUAUUGCGGAUCUGGAGUCAUACAUAGCUUACAGGCGGGACACCAGUGCAUGCAAGCCCUGUUAUGCAAUGAUUGAGUACGCUGUUGGCAUAGACUUGCCUGACGAGGUCGUCUCUCACCCGGCGAUCAUGGCCAUGGGGGAAGCUGCUAACGACAUGAUAAGCUGGUCCAACGACAUCUACUCCUACAACAAGGAGCAGGCUCGAGGCGAUAUCCACAACCUUGUCAUGAUUCUCAUGUACGAACAAGGACUUGACCUUCAAGGCGCUGUGGACGCAGCCGGUGCUUAUUGGGAAGCAGCGUUGCAGCGCUUUGAGGACAACUUCACUAUCCUGCCAACAUGGGGUUCGCCCGUCGAUCAGAACGUGGCCAUCUAUGUCCAAGGCCUUCGGGACAUGGUUAUCGGCUCAUUACACUGGUCAUUUGAUGCGGAACGUUAUUUCGGCAAACAGGGCCAGCAAAUUAAGAAAGAUCGAAUCGUCAGGUUGCUUCCGAUGAAGUCUCUAUUAUAGAUGUGACGUUGGAAUGUGAGCCAGGAGCCAUGUUCUUCCCCCGACACGUUUUGUGUACGGUCAACCUUAUCGUAAAAAUCGGAUAGUUUAACGUAUGCUAUGUAAUCCAACCAAUCGCUUAUCAGACCUACCAGAGAUUUAUAGAUGAACUUCUCAG